CGGCCAUCCCUACCUUAACCUGUGUUAGAAUUUGUCAUCCGUAUGAAUACGGCUGUCGCCGUUGCAAUAAUAAUUCGUGGUACGGUAUUUAUAGAUAAUAUACGCCGUAUAAUGUUGUCGUUGCAGUGCCGUGGUAUGUCGCGAUCGUUUUGCACUUGAAAAUACUCGUGAACGCGACACGUUGCGCAAUUCACAUAGUGAGCACAAUAAUGACAUUUUGGCGAGGAUACGGUGUGCCAUAAAAAUGUCUCUGUUCACCUACUGAUAACAAUUGGACCGUAAUUUCUUGUGAAAAACAGAUAUUUGGUUGAUAUUUGAAAGCAAUUUGUGUAUGUGUGUCUAUUUGAAACAAUGAUGGAGUUGAGUCAUAGUCUGACUCUCAAUGAGGAUGCUCUUAAUCAAAUCCCAGAAGCCAAACGGCCAGUUUUUAUCUUUGAGUGGUUACGCUUCUUGGAUAAAGUCUUGGUUGCUGCUCAGAAGAGUGAUAUUAAAGGAUGCCAGCAAAAACUUGUGGAGCAACUAACCAGACAUAUGCAAGGAGCUCCUGGUCCACCUACACGACGUCUCAUAGCAAGAUGCCUUGCUACCUUGUUCAGCGUUGGUGAUACAUUUUUACUUUUUGACACUGUUAACAAAUGCAAUGAUAUCCUGAGAAAUAAAGAUGAUUCACCAAGCUUUCUACCUACAAAACUAGCUGCUAUUUGUUGUGUGGGAUGUAUGUAUGAGAAACUAGGAAGAAUGAUGGGCAGAUCAUAUGAGGAAACAGUGCAAAUUUUGAUAAAGUCUUUACGUUCUGCAGAAUCACAAACACGGAUAGAAAUUAUGCAUACAUUGGAAAAGGUGUGUGCUGGAAUGGGAUCAGCGAUAACCAAUGUGCAUAAGGAGAUAUAUAAAGUUUCCAAACAUUAUCUGACCGACAGAGUAAUGGCGGUGAGAUGUGCUGCUGCUAAGUGUUUGUUGGAAAUGUUAAAUCAUGCUCCGUUUUUAUACACAACCGAGAUCGAAAGUGUGGCAACACUAUGCUUUCGAGCAUUCGAAGGUUCCAAUUACGAAGUGAGAUGUUCCGUCGCUAAAUUGUUGGGCACCUUAGCAGCAAUGACGCAACUUCCGUCGCCCAAGAUAAAAAAUCUUACAGUUGCGCAAAAUAAAGGUGCCAAGCAGACAUCUCUCGAGGAGAUAUUAAAUAUUUUGACGUCCGGAUUUCUGAGAGGUGGCGCUGGCUUUCUGAAAGGAACAGGCGAGAUAAUAAAAGGAAGUUCUAGCAUAAAUAGAGAAGUGCGAGUUGGAGUGACACACGCUUAUGUAGUGUUUGUGCAAAUGCUGGGAGGUAUCUGGCUGGAAAGGAAUGUCGGCGCAUUAGUCGCGCAUGUUCUAGACUUGGUUACGAAUCCAAAAGCUGCUAAUUCGCACGUCGAGGCGGUGUAUUCGCGCAAAUGUGUGAAUUUCAUAUUGCGCGGUACUGUUGGCAAAUUGUUGGGUGAAGGCGCUCAAGCCGCCGCCUGCAAAGAGAUAGCGCAUAUUAUUUUAAAACAAAUGGAUUCCAUUGAUUUCAAUCCUGAGAACGCUAAAGACUACAAUCAAGAGACGCUGUUUAAUCAACACUUGUUGGUCUGCGCGUUACAAGAGAUGGGUAAUUUGAUACUGGGAUUAGGUACCACAGCCACGAAUUUAUUGUCUGAUCAAUCUCUGAGUUUAAUCGAUACUAUAAUGGCUGUCUUGGUACACCCGUGCCAAGCGGCUAGGUUGGCUGCCUCUUGGUGCUUACGGUGCAUAUGUGUGGCAGUGCCGAGUCAAAUAACACCUUUGAUCGACCGUUGCGUUGAUGGGAUUGAGAAUAUGCGUAGCUCACCAGAAGCGAUCGCUGGCUACAGCAGCGCUCUCGCUGCUGUGCUGGGAAGCGUUCGUUUGUCGCCUCUGGGAGUCCCUCACACCAAGGGGAAGAUCAUUUUCAAUACAGCGGAAGAACUGCUCAGAAGCGCGAGCCAAAACAGCCGUUUGUCUCUGAAUCGCACGCACGCAGGAUGGCUUUUAAUAGGAGCGAUAAUGACUUUAGGCACCGCGGUGGUCAAGGGCUUAUUGCCGAGAAUGUUGCUCUUAUGGAGAAAUUGCUUCCCGCGUUCAAACAAAGAGCUCGAGAGCGAGAAAGCGCGUGGCGAUGCUUUCACGUGGCAGGUGACUCUGGAAGGACGUGCUGGCGCACUUUCCGCUAUGUACAGUUUCUUGCUACAUUGCCCGGAGCUUUUGAACGACGAUAUUACACGGCGAUUGCUUACACCGAUUGAGUCUGCUCUGGCGAUGCUGACGAAUCUGUCACCCGUUUUAAAGAAUUAUGGUCAACAGUUGAAAGCUCCCGCGGCUAUGGUCCGUUUACGUUUGUACGAAACAUUAUUGUUGUUACCACCGCAAACGUUCGAAGGUUCUUACACGCAUCUUCUGAGGAUGCUGGUAUCCGAAUUCACGCUCACCGAUAAUCCCGGGAACACAACUACUUCUUUGUUACGCGUAGUUUGCCACGCUAAUGAUUCCGUGAUUCUUGGAACGUGGCUUCAGGAGACCGAUCAUCGUACGAUAGAGGAUCAACUUCAACCAAAUAGUGCUGCAGGAUCCGGAGCAUUAGAACAUAAUACGUGCUGCCUCUACAGACCUAUACCACAUAUUGAAAUAAUACCUGGUCCAUUGCCGUUAGGCGUAGCGGUGAUUGACUUAUCGGUCACGUUAUUUGGUCAGAUCUUCCCGCGUGUAGCGAACAAACAUAGACUGCAGAUGCUGGAUCACUUUAGUGAGUGUAUAAAGCAUACAAAGUCUGGUAGGCAGGAGGCGAUACAGAUGAAUGUGUUCACGGCUGUGUUGAGCGGUCUGAAGGGUCUCAACGAGGCGAAGACAGGUUUCGGACAGGAAGACGUCAAGAAAUCUGCAACGAAUCUUAUCAUUAGCACACUGGUCAGUGGUAAUCCUAUUCUACGAUGGGCGGCAGGAGAAGCGGUUGGCAGAAUGGCGCAAGUGAUUUCUGAUCCUAAAUUCACCGCGGAACUGGCGCAGACCAGUUUCGAUCGCUUGAAGUCCGCGCGAGAUGUCGCCAGUAGGACUGGCCAUUCGUUGGCGUUGGGCUGUUUGCAUAAAUACGUCGGUGGAAUGGGUUCUAGUCAACAUCUCAACACCAGUGUCAGCAUCCUGCUUGCUCUCGCGCAGGAUAACUCGUCUCCCGUAGUACAAGUCUGGGCGCUUCAUGCUCUGGCUUUGAUAGCCGAUUCCGGCGGACCAAUGUUCAGGGGUUACGUAGAACCUACGUUGUCCUUGGCACUAACUCUCCUUCUCAAUGUUCCUCACUCUUACAUCGACGUGCAUCAAUGUAUCGGCAAGGUCUUGUCGGCAUUGAUCACUACGAUAGGGCCAGAAUUACAAGGUAAUACAUCGACGAUCUGUAUGGCGCGAUCAUCGUUCUUGUGCGCGUGCGCCAUUAUGCAGGACCAUCAGGAUCCACUUGUUCAAGCGGAAGCGACCGGUUGUCUUCAGCAAUUACAUCUCUUCGCACCGAGACACGUCAAUCUGUCUUCCUUUGUUCCUACGUUAUGUCGUACUUUGUCAAGCAAUCACUUACUCUUGCGCAAGGCGGCGAUAUCGUGUCUCCGACAGCUUGCUCAGCGCGAGGCGAAGGAAGUGUGCGAGCACGCGAUGACAUUAGCUAACGAAAGCCGGGACACUAACGUAGUAGAGGGUCUCGUUAUUACGGAGACUGGCCUUCCAGGCGUUCUUUUCAGCAUGCUCGACACGGAAACCGAUAGUAAGCUGAUUAGAGAUAUUCACGAUACUCUAACCAGCAUGCUGCAGAUAUUGGCGGCCGACAAUCUGUCUCAAUGGUUAUCAUUAUGCAAAGAUGUUCUCACAAUAGCUUCAGAAUCGAGUACGAUCGAGGAAGGUAACGCCGCGAAUGCGGAAGACAGUACUGCUGACAAUGAGAUUGCGGAUGCAGAAGGUGACGACGAUCAGGCCGAAUUCCAUGCUGACGAAUCUGCCAAGCAGCGGCCGUCUAUCACGCCGAGAUGGCCGACCAGAGUUUUCGCGGCGCAAUGUGUUAGGCGCAUCGUCGCAGCUUGUGUGAAUAACAAACAAGCGCACUUCGAUCUCGCUUUGGCCAAGGAAAUGCAGUUAUCUAAAGGGAAAGGAGACUUUCUAGUGUUACAUCUCUCGGACUUGGUGCGCAUGGCGUUUAUGGCUGCAACGAGCGAUUGCGAUCCGUUGCGACUCGAAGGUCUCAAAACUCUGCAAGAAAUCAUCGACAAAUUCGCCAAAGUUCCCGAGCCGGAAUUUCCCGGGCAUCUAUUACUUGAACAGUUUCAGGCACAGGUUGGAGCUGCUUUAAGGCCGGCAUUUUCCGCGGAGACUCCGUCACACGUAACGGCCGCAGCCUGUGAAGCUUGCAGUGCGUGGAUCGGUAGUGGCGUUGCUAGAGAUCUAAAUGAUCUUCGAAGGGUGCACCAGCUGCUAGUGUCUUCUCUGGAGAAAUUAAGGGAAGGUAAUACUCGGCCGCAGCUUUACAACGAGAGUUUGUCAACACUAGAGAGAUUGGCGAUUCUAAAAGCAUGGGCAGAGGUGUACGUAGUUGCUAUGAUAAGAGAUGGAUCCGCACUGAACAGCAAAGAUACGAUUAAUCGUAACGCGAAUCAAACUGACGAAACGAACGAAGAGGAUUUCGGGGAGUUCGAGUUCCAGAGUGAGAGCUUGCUGAGUCUCGUCCAGCCAGAGCUUCUGAGUUUGAGUCAACAUUGGCUGUCUGCGUUAAGAGAUCAUGCAUUACUCUCUUUACCACCCGAAUUUUCCAGUCAGUUGCCGCACGAUGGUGGGGCCUUUUACACGACAGAUACGAUGGAGUCCGCGCGUCCUCAUUACGUAGAAUCGUGGGCGCCGAUUCUCCACGCCGCGACACUCUGGCUGAACGCGAGAGGAUUCGAGAUGGAAGACAGUAACCAAGAGAAAGCAACUAAUGCUACUAACAACAACAAUCAUAACAACAAUAACAACAAUGACGAGACCUCCAAAACUAACACAAAUGUUGAGCGUUUCCAUUUGUUAUUUGGCAUAUGUAUGGAAGCUUUGUGCAGUCCUCGCUGUUCUGAAUCCCCACAGAAUAUAGAGACAUGUUUGAAUGCUUUGUACACUUUACUCGAUUCAGCAUGGGCGCGUGAGGUCUUCAUCACGGACCGUUCUUUACCCAUCGAAUUGUGUAAUGUUCUGCACAGAUUACUUCUAACACGGGAAAACUAUGUCAUUCAAAUGAUAGUCAUGGAAGUGUUGAAGCAAGUGAUGAAGGCAGCGCAAGAAGAUCUUGUUACUAAAAAGAAGCUGAAACUUAAAGAUGACAUACCAAUGCAACAAGAAAGUAACGAAACAUUAGAGUUAGAUCUAUUGGGAGAGGGAGAGGAAAGUGGCGAGCUCACACCAGGCGAAUCGCUAGUAUUCGCUGUCUUAGAGGUGUGCUUGUGUCUCCUGGUACGGCAGAUACCGGCGUUAAAUCCGAAUCCUGGCGGUGCCACUGCCAUCUUGUCUCAAAGGGGAUAUGUGCCGUCUGAAGAAAGCGGCAAGUUGAUCGCGUUGUCCCUCAACAUAAUGGAAUCUCUUCCUAUAUUAUGUUCUCCGCAAGGUGCAGUGGCAAUUCUUCCGACGUUAUUGUAUUUGGCGACUGGUGUAAUACGAGAAACCGCAGUGCGUACGGACAACGACAUCACUAAAGCCGGCGCGGAAGCACCCGUCCAUGCCGCGUUACACUGCGUAAAAAAUCUUACCACUAACAAGUAUGCUAAGGAUCACAGAAGUCAGGAGCAGUGGACAGGAUUGCUACGAAGCGCACUUGCUAAAAUCAUCGAUUUGGCUAAAACAGGAAAUGACGAAACCAAGAUGGACGAGGUGGCAAUGAUGUUGGGUAUCGCGGUAUUCGUGCUUCAUGCGUCGCCGGAGGUAGUGAGUGCUCCAAACCUGCAAUUUCCAUGCAUCAAUCAUUUCCGUCAUGCGUUUCAGUCCGAGAACAUAACGGUGAAGCUGAAAUGUGUGCAAACGUUAAGAACGAUAUUUCUGCAUCCGGAGCGUAACAUAAGUACCCCGUAUAUCCACGCUCUCGCACCGCGAUUGGUAGAAUAUCUAUAUAGUGAUAAGAGCAAGCAAGUGGCAAACGAGAUGGAAUUGACAUUUACUCUGGAAUGUAUUAGUACGGUGGAAGCUCUCAUAGGACUCGCUGAUCUCCCCAAUCGAGAUCUGUUACAAGGUAUUCAAAUGCUGACUUUACUCGUGCCAAUUUUAAUUAAUUAUUUGCUGGAGGGUGAUGAGCUUCAGCGCGCUACCAAGUAUCAAGCAAGCCUUCAUCAGCAGAGUUUUCAGUGGCUCAAUAAGAUCGGACCGAAGUAUCCGCAGGAAUUCAAGACGCUGAUGUCACAGUCCAGCGAGCUGAAGACUAAAUUGGAAAAUGCCGUGAGAUCCAGUCAUCAGCAAGCGCAGCGACUUAGUCGACCCGUCGAUCCUGUGAAGCCGCAGAUCAAGAUAUCCGCGCCGUCGAUCAAACUGAAGACCGACUUCUCGAAUUUUAACUAGAAAAAGAGAUAACGAUAUUAGGGAUAAUAAAGCGCGAGUGCACUCACUCAAUUAAUCUGGCGCAAUGAUUAUCGAUUAAUUAAAUCGAAUUAAUCGCUAUAUGUAACGUGUUUUAGCAUCGUGAUAAUUACCAAGUGAUAAUAUUCCACUUAGAAUUUCGCUGUUAUAGGAAAACUUACCCGACUGUACUUAGAGUUAAACGAUCAGAAGCCGAUAACAUCGUGGCAGAUAUGCAAAGGAUGGUUGGAAAAGCGACACGAAUGGGGAAAAUUAAGAUUGAUCAAUCAAAUCGUUAUGAAACGAUGUUUAUUUUAUAUUCUUCUCAUUCCGUUUAAUUUUCUCACACGAUUUGCUGAAUAACGUUCCUUACUUUCCAAUCGUGCUUUCUAAAAUGCAGGAAGAGAACAUUAUAUUAAAUUCGUAAGUUGUAUAUAUGUAGAAGAUAUAGUAUAUAACAUUAUAGAGAUUAUUAAUUUAUUUAAUAAUAUAUAAAUGAACGAUGUUAAAAAAUGUUCUCAUCAUACAACUUCAAUAACGAGACGAUAUAAAUGAUAACGAGUAAAGAUUUUAUUCUGUUUGGUUACGUUCAGCAGAAAAUCUUAUAACAAUUUAAACAAAGCUGCUGCCAGCGCAGCGGAAAGCGUUUACUAAGACUGCGUUCCGAAAUUCACUGCUAGUGCUGAAAUUCUGUGGUAUACAUAACAUGAACUAUAGAUUUUCAGUAUUGGCAGUGAAUUUCGGAACGCAGCUCAAGCUAUUUUUCUGUUGAACACAGCCAAAGAGAUGUUACGAGCAAACAAUCGCGAAACGAUACCAAUAUGAUGUGCACAAAAUAACUUCUAAAUAGUGAUACGCCCGUAUAAACAUUUUUCUGCCCAUUAUAAAUCAUAUUAAUUGUUCGGACGUUUGAUUUUUAACCGAUUCUUAAUGUAACAAGACGUAAUUUUUAUUAUACCGAUAGAAUUAUUUAUUAACUACGAACAGUUAAUUCUUCUUAGGAAUACACUACUUGCCAUGAAAACGAACGAGGAAACAGACAUAAAUGUGAGUGAAUGUCAGACACUGAUAUAAUGACACACUGAUUAAAACAAGAACACAUUUAACGUUCUUCUGAUGAGAAGACUGAUAAUCUGCUGUGCGUUUUUAUUUAAUGACUGUGUACUAGUAGUAUUUUCCAUACAUUUGUUUUUAUUAUCUAUCUAGAAUUGAUAGUAGAACCGCGCUAGCAACUAUCGAGGGAAUGUCUGAUGUGACAUAUCGAGCUAUAACGAGCUCUUUUAUAGAACCUGUCUUUUUUUAAAUAAAAACAAUGAUCCUUUUCUGACCGCGAUGAGAUGCACGACAAGUACAUUUAUCGAAUUAGCAUACAAUGCUAAUACAAUGCUGGCGUCACGGCGAAACAGUGGAUCAAUUCUUAACUUUUAGAAAAGAAAAACAGUUCUUUGUCAAACGUAGAUUAUAACCCGGAUUGAAUUGAAAGAACCAACAGCGAACUGUGUAACGUCAAAUUAUUAAUAUAAACGCAAGGAUGCAAUUUGAAAUUGAGAAACAUCUUUCUCUGAAUUUGAGAUGGCAGUGACUACGUUUACACGUCUCUAAUCAGUCGGUUUUAGUAACAUCCGUAGUUACAACUUCAAACUCUUUCAAAAUGCAUGCUCGUUUACACGGAAUGAUUUCGGUUCAUUACUCUAUAUCUCUUUAUCAAUAGAUGUAGAGUAACAGCAACUUGUAUGUAAUCCGCUGUAAAGUGUAGCUAAUAUGACACAUGGUGCUGGUUGCUAUAACUAACACCACGUGUAUGGUCGGAAGUUACUAAGCCGGUUUUACGCUAUCGUGUAAGUGUGUGGUCGUAUAGUGACACCGUUUUAAAGUCGUAUAACAAGUCAAUCAGAUGUAAUAAUUUAGAUACGACAAUUUAGAUUGCGACGGUGUUGCAGCAGGAGCAUUGAUGGGUGUAAUUUUACAACGUGGACUAAGUCUUUAUAUAGUCGUCAUUUUGUAAUAGUGUAGCGUCCUUGUGAGAAACAAGUAAAUUGGAACUUAUCACACGAAAAAAAAAACAAGUUGAAUUUCCGUAAAAAUUCCUUUCAACAUACUUAUUUCUUGCUGGGAUUUAGAUUGACCAUCGUAUAGAAGACAGUCUUUCCAUUUAACGUUCUGCAUAGGAAGUGCUCACCUCUACGUAUGUAUAUAAUUAAGUUCAAGUUGCGUACUAGAUCUGGUAUAGCGCGUAUCACUGAUAAAUUUUAUAAGAAACUGAGACGAAUCGUUAGAUGCGGGAAGGAUUAUGUGCUCGAUAGAUGUUCUACUAUUUUUAUAUGAUUAUUUUAGGAACACGUUGAUUGUUUGUAACUUUUAAUUACGCGUCUGCGAAAACAACCGUUUAUAUGAUAUAUAUAUGUGUAUAUGUAUGUACAUAUAUAUACGUAUAUAUGGUCCAUCGAACUUCCGUGUACAAUGAAUGUUUCAAGUCGCGUUUUAUCCGAGGCAGACAUUUUCUCUGACAAAUGGUACAAUUACAUGUAGUGUUAUAUUAUAUAAUGAUUGCAGUUAACGAAAUAAAUAAAGAUAACUGAUGACA